GGCAGCGGCGGCAGUAGCCGCCGCCGCCGCAGAAGCCGAUGGGGCAGAGGGCUUGUAUUGAUCGCCCUGCAGGCACACAGCAGUCGCAGACCAUGACGAUCUUAUCCACAGGAUAUGUGCCAAGUGCUACACUCGCUGCGUACCUGCCAGUCCGUGUUCGUCGCGGUGUUGCAGUCGCUCCUAGUGCCAUUGACCUGGAUGAGGUGCUGUAUGGUCAUGCGGUUGACAUAGUGCUGCCCCUGCCCGAUGGGUGUCUGCUGCUCGCACAUCAGGUCCAUGAUGCGCUGGUAGUACAUCUCUUCCGUCUCCUCGCCCACAGAGCGCAGAUGUGGAUACCUCGCAACCUGGUCGGGGUCAUCGACGUGCAGCUGCUUCCGCCACUCGCGCUUCUGCAGAGAAGAGAAAGUGCGGAUGGCAGAAGUUUGGCGCGUGUGUCACUUGCCUCACCGAUAGGUUGUCCCAUAUGGGCAGCUUGACGAGCUCCCAGCCUUUCUUCUUCUGCUUGACCCGAACCAUGCCCCAGCACUCGAGAGUCCAAGGCCAAUCCGGCAGGAGUCCUGCGGCGAUGUACUUCUCGACGGGCCCAGCGAUGUUCUUCAUCACCUGUGCCGACUUCAUGAUGACACCGCCGAACUGCCACAGCAGCUUCAACGCAAGCCAUGCCACAGCCCCCAACACUGCAGCACGCAUUCACAGACAUCCGAAUCCUGCUUGAAGCCCGCAGGCAAGUACGUCGGCUAUAUACUUACGUGCGGGGGUGAGUGGGUGCCGAUGGCCGGAUGAUUGUGUGGGCGGGACUGACGCGUCGCCCGUGUGGUCGGGCUCCUCCUCUGCAGGCUCGCUAUCGUCGUCAACCUCAUCCUCAUCCUCAUCGCUAUCGUCAUCAUCCUCAUCCUCAACUAAGAAACCCUGCAAGAAAAGUGAGACUUGUGUUUAUAUCAACCGGUUCGGCUAUCAUGGCUACCUUGCGGUGAUUUGCGUGGCCAUGGUAGUGCCCCCUCCCUCCUACGCGACGUCCGCCAGCGCCCGCCCUCCCCCCCAUGACACUCCCACGUGUCUCCACGCUGUCGCCUCGAUGGCGCUGUCCUGACCGCUUGACACUCUUGCCCAUCUGCAAAGAACACAUCCAUUCACACAUCCAUCCCUCCAUCCCUGUGCUGUGAUCCAUUCAAUCGGUGAUGAGAGCAUGGAGGGUGUGUGUGUGUAUGGCUGUGUGCGUCUCCCACCCGCAGGAAGUCUUCAAAGCUUGGCUUGGGGCCAUUGAGGUCCUCAUCCAGGGUGCGUGCAUGUAUCUCAUCGUCAUAAUACUACAAAGGCAGUCAAAGUCGACAGACAUGGGUAACGGCUGAUGUCAGUAGUGGGAGAUUCGGAGGACCCACCGGAUCGUAUGUUCCCGCAGAAGCAGCAGCAGCAGCAGCCGCAGGUGGUGGGGGUGGGUGCGGAGAGCUGGAAACAAACGGCCAGAAAUCCAUCAUGGGUAAAUGUGAGUGUGUGAGGGGAGAGGGGGCCAUUUGUGCAGGUCAAUUACCUCGUUGUGGUUGUAGCUGCGUGAGAACGCGUCCUGCCGCCUUGCGUGUGCAGAGUCACCCACCGACGACCCCUUGCCAACGCCACUCCUGCCAUACAGACCUGCAGCACCGGCCUGCUGAACAGCAAACAAAGAACAACACGGCCAACACGGCCAUCCGUCAUGAACCAAUGCAUUGGCCGAUCAUGCCAUUGUGUCAGGUGCGACCUUUACCUGCUGCUCGUAGUAUGUGUGUGUGUAUGGAGGUGGAAAGGCACCCCAAUACGGACGUCCGCGACCAU